AUGGGCUCACCAAGAGUACAAAGAUGGGCCGUGACAUUGAGUGCUUACGAGUACAACAUCAGGUACAAGCCAGGAAAACACCAUGAAAACGCCGAUGCGCUCAAUCGGUUGCCGGUAGCAGACUCAGCACCUGAGCAAGAGAUGGCUGAGCAGGUUUUAAUGAUGGAUGUACUGGAUGACACAUUAGUUGACACUGCACAGAUCAAACGUUGGACAGCUAAGGAUAUCUUGUUGUCGCAAGUCCACGAGUACACCUUAAAAGGCUGGCCAGCUCAGACCGAUGCCUGUUUAAAGCCGUAUCGACAGAGGAAGCUGGAAAUGUGUGUGACGGAUGGUUGUGUGCUCUGGGGAGCCCGAGUAAUUAUUCCCACCAAAGGCCGAGACAAAAUAUUGAAACUCCUGUACCAGACUCAUACAGGCAUGUCGAAGAUGAAAGGCUUGGCAAGGUCUUAUGUAUGGUGGUCAGGGAUGGAUGUGAACAUUGAAAGAGAAGUGCAGGCAUGUGAGGAGUGUCAGAAACACCAUAAGUCACCACCUACUGCACCAUUACACCCGUGGGAGUGGCCGGAGUCACCAUGGUCCAAAAUCCAUGUGGACUACACAGGGCCUUUCCUCAGGGAGAUGUUUCUAAUCAUUGUGGAUACUCAUUCCAAGUGGAUGGACAUUUACCCUGUGAAAUCCUCUACAUCACAGGUAACUAUAGAGAAACUGCACCAGAGUUUCAGUGUGUUUGGACUACCUAAAAUGUUAGUUUCAGACAACGGAACAUGUUUCACAAGUGCUGAAUUUGAGUCAUUCAUGAAGCAGAAUGGAAUUGACCAUGUGAGAUCAGCACCUUUCCACCCUUCUUCAAAUGGGCUGGCUGAGAGGGCGGUCCAGACCUUUAAGGAGGGGAUGAAGAAAGUCAAAGGUGAUACCUUGCAAACCAGACUGUCCCGAUUUCUGUUCAGUUAUCGCAUCACACCGCAUGCCACUACUGGUUUAUCACCUGCAGAGUUGAUGAUGUCACGGAGACUCAGAUCAGUUUUGGACUUGCUCAUGCCUGAUGUGAAAACAAAAGUGCAGCACAAACAAUUGAAACAGAAAGAAAAUCAGACAGGGAGGCGGAGCCAUUGCUUGACAAAGAAGCAGUGCCUGAGUGCUGCUUACCAUCAGAGUUGGACACAUCGCCACAACCUCCGGCAACGGAGCUGCCUUAUGCUCCGGAGACUCGGCCUCCCGGACACUCCUCAAUGA